AUGGCCGCCACAAGUGUGUGUCUAGGAAGAAAAAAGAUCGUUGUUCUGGUUUCCCUGGAUAUAGAGGGCGCCUUCGACAACGCUUGGUGGCCAAAAAUAAAGAUUAGACUGGCUGAGGAAAAGUGCCCCGGAAACAUCCGAGGGCUCUUGGGCAGCUACCUGAGCGACAGGCGUACUAGGGUGAGGUACCUGGGGCAGGAACACGUGAGAGACACUGGGAAGGGCUGCGUGCAGGGGUCUAUCGGCGGGCCGAUUCUGUGGAAUCUGCUCCUGGAUCCACUGCUUCAGGAGAUGGAGGCGGGGGGCGCUUACGCGCAGGCAUUCGCCGACGAUGUGGUGUUGGUGUUUGAGGGUGAGACGGCUCUCGAGAUCGAGCGUCGGGCCAAUGCCGUCCUUGAACGUGUGGAGGCGUGGGGUGCGGCUAAUAAGCUUCGGUUUGCGCCUCACAAAACGAAUGCAAUGGUUGUGACGCGCAAACUGAAGUAUAACGACCCGCGCCUUCGCAUGGGUGGGGUCGACAUUGUCCUGACGAAUGAGAUCAAGCUGCUGGGGGUCGUCAUAGACCGGAAACUCACCUUCAACGCCCACGUCGCAAACGUCUGCAGGCGCGCUCUCGCCUUCUAUCACCAGCUGGCCCGUGCGGCUAAGGUCAGCUGGGGCCUCCAUCCUGAAGUAAUCCGCACUAUAUACAGAGCGGUGGUUGAGCCCGUGAUCUUGUAUGCGGCCGCCGUCUGGGCGCCGGCCGUGGACAAGCUCGGUGUCCGCAAGCGGCUGAACGCGGUCCAGCGGGGCUUCGCGCAGAAGCUGUGCAGGGCAUACCGAACCACCUCCCUGAACUCGGCGCUGCUGCUCGCUGGGAUACUCCCCCUCGACCUCCGCGUUCGCGAAGCAGCAACCUUAUACGAGGCGCGGAGGGGAGUGCCCCAGCGGGUGACAGGGGAUCGGGAGGUGGAGCGGAUGACCUCGGCUCUGCGGUCUCCGCACCCCGCCUGUCAUAUCGACUUGGAGUUCAAGUGUCUGGUAGACCAGGAACAGUUCAACGCCAAUAGCGAUAAUAAUUAUAACAUCUUUACAGACGGCAGCAAGAUUGAGGGCAAGGUGGGGGCAGCGUUAUCCGUGUGGAACGGCGCUGCCGAAGCCACAACCCUCAAGCUUGGAUUGCCGUCCUAUUGCACGGUCUACCAGGCCGAACUCCUGGCGAUAUGCCGGGCGGCGCGGAUGGCCGCCGACGACUUGGCCGGAUCAGUUGGAAUAUAUUCCGACUCCUCGUCGGCACUGCUCACCUUAAAAAAUCCAAAAGCCCUCCAUCCCCUGGCCGUUGAGGCGCGGGGACAUCUGCAGAGGGCUUUGCUCCAAGGCAAACGUGUCAGUUUGCACUGGAUCAAAGCCCACGCAGGACUAGAGGGGAAUGAGCGUGCCGACCAUCUGGCCAAGGAGGCUGCGCUGGAGCUUAAACGCGCUUUCGAUUACGACAGUUGCCCGGUUUCAUUCAUCAAGCGGAGCAUUCGUAUGCAAUCGCUUGAUGAAUGGAACCGGCGGUAUCGUGACGGGGAAACGGCUGGCGUCACCAAGGUGUUUUUCCCUGACGCGAUAGCCGCAUACAAGAUCACGAGCAAAAUAAAGGUGGACAGGUUCGUCACCCAGGCGUUGACGGGGCAUGGCGGGUUCUCCGAAUACUUGCAUCGCUUCAAGUGUAAGGAGAGUCCGUCGUGCGUCUGCGACCCUCGGUGUCCCGAAUCUGUCUUCCACGUCCUCCUGGAGUGCCCAACUUUUGCCUAUGAGAGGCUGCGUUUCCAAUGCCAAACUGGCGUAGCACUGAAAAAAGAAACGCUUAGUGAAAUUAUUAAAAACGGAAAAGUCAGACCACUGUUCCUGCAGUAUUGCAGUAAAAUAGUCAUAGAUGUAAAUAAUAGAAAUAGACACUAA